AUGAGAGCAGAUGGGGCAGAUGAAUCUACCCUCUUUCGAUGUCUCGACGACCGCAAUCGUUAUGCUUUCGAUGACUGGCGACAAGUUCUCGUCCGAGUACCGGGAAUCACAGACUUCCGGGGCGUCGCGUAUGACGGAGAUGUUCUUACUUACUAUUCGGGGAAGAACGAUAAGGAGAUGCGGGCCCAAUGUGAAGAGAUAGAAGACGAGGACUCGAGAAGCCUAGCCUUGGCAGAGCUAGAGUUUCAAGUCGUGGUGUACCUGCUUGACCGCGAGGCUAUCGAAACAGGUCUGAUCAAGAUGCUUUGGGUGGACGAGCACGGAAACAGUGCGUGGGAGAACCGGGUGGAGCCCUCCAGUCUGAAUGCGCUUUCUGGAGCCUUGAUGAAUGGCAUUCGUCUAGACGAAAUCGCGGGUGGAGAUUCCGGGCGGGGGUCCUUGAUAAGUAGAUAG